GCUUUCUCUCUCUCGCCCGGUAACGUGUGCGCGUGCGUGCGCGGAUCGCCAAGCGUUGUUUCAUUCUCUGCUGCCAGGAGGAGACGCGCGCAUCUCUUUCUCGCCGGUAGACAGUCAGUCAGUGAGCUUCACACAGUCUCCGUCAGAGCUUCACUCUACUGGUUUAUAUCUCAACAUUUGUUGCUUGUUUCGUCUCGAUUCACAUCGCUGACCACCAGCGUCCCGUUCGGAAAGAAACGGGAGGAGACGCGAGUACCGACUGGGCGUUGCUGGAGGAAAAGCGCUUUCAAAUUCGGUCAAUCUUAGGCCGACUGAUAGCAGUAGACUCCAACUAGUGCACUGAGUCCUGGGUUCCUGAUUUCUCUCCUGCUGAGACGGACCUCCAGGACUAGGACAAGAUGAAACCAGAUGGUGUUGACACAGCAACAAUGGAGCCAAUGGAAGCAUUAAAUGCAGGUCCUGCAAUCGAGGUGGCGCCAGUGGGUGAAGCCCAGGACCAGGCUUUGCCCACAAUGCAAACAGAAGGUGAACCACAGCCAACAGAGGCACUUUCCGCAACCAAUACGACUGGAAAGGACAAGCCUGCAGACCCCCAAGCUAAGACGAAGGCUCCUGCCAAAGCAAAGGCACCCACUGCUGGUAUCAAGGCAUCCACGACCAGCUCCCGUCCCACCACUGCUCAAAGCCGCCUAACAAACGGGGCACAGAAGUCGCAAGCUAAUGGUGUCACCAAAAAGACCCCAACAGGAGGCCUGGAGAAGAAAACCUCUACCACUUCUGCUUCCAAAAAACCAGUUGGCUCUACUACUGCACCCACAACCAAGACCCCUACCAAGGUGGCUGAGAAGAAGCCAAUGGGGACGGCGAGACCUGCCAGUACUCCAGCCAAUGGCGUGAAGACAACAGGGACAGCGCAGCCCAUCAAGAAAGCCCCUGCUGCACCAGCGAAUGGCCUGAAGGCUAAACCAAAAACUACAGCUCCAGCUUCAAGGCCCGCCACUGCAUCCACCACCAAGACCGGCACCACUGGCUCUCCCAAACCUGAUAGGCCACCCGUCGCCAAGACAACCAGGUCAGUUGGCUCUGCUCCUGCUGCUCGUUCUUCACCUGCUGCCCCCAAGCCUGCGACCCCAACAACUGCCGGCAAGACCUCUACAUCCAGACCAACUACUGCGACACCCAAGACACCAUCUACUCCUGCUAAACCUUCUCCUGCUAAAACCACAGCACCCCCUGCUGGUCGCACUCCCACUCCUAAGACCACAACACCUGUCAAGAAAGAUGUCAGUAAGCAGCCAUCCACUCCAGCGACCAAGAAGCCCACAUCCUCUCCACUCACCCGGCCAGCACCAGCCAAGACUACCAAACCUGACACACCUAAGUCUGCCUCCACUGCCAAGGCAGAAUCAGCCUCCAAAAAGCCCACCACCCCCAGCAAGGCGGCAGAUGUUAAGACUAGUAAGCCCAAGGAGAGCAAAGCAACACCUUCCAAGGAGGUCAGUGCAAGCUCCAAGACCACAGGCAGCAAGCCCAGUGCUAAAACAAGCAGCCCAAAGAAGUCAGUUGGCAGUAACACUCCAAUGCCAUUGAAGGGUGGCCCUAAAGCCUCCCAGCCGGCAGACAUAGCAACCACAGAGGUUGAGAAGAAGGAUGUGGUCCAUGCUGUGGUUGCAGCCACGGCUGCAGCUUCUGUUGCAGCCGCUGCUGUCGUUUCUGCGGUGGCCGCUGAGGAAGCCCCCGAAGAAUCAGCUACAGCUUUUGUUCCUGCUGCCACUGAAGAGACACCUGAAGACUUGUUUACCCAAGUCAAUCCUGCUGCCUCUGAGGUGAAAUUAGAAGACUCAUUUACAAAUCUCAUUCCUGCUUCCUUUGAGGACUCUAAAGAUGAUUUUAAAGAAAUGGCUACAUCUGUCUUUGCCCCUACGGAAGUACCUGAAGACAAAGUUACACCUGUCAUUUGUCCUGUCUCUGAAGACAUAACUACAUCUGUCAUUCCCCCAACCUCUGAUCAGGCACGAGAAGAAACUGUUUCACCUGUCAUUACCCCUGCCUCUUAUGAGGGACCCGAAGAAACAGUUUUACCUGCCAUUCCUCCUACUUCUGAACAAACACCUGAAGAUAGAACUACAUCUGUCAUUCCCCCAACCUCUGAUGAGGCACGAGAAGAAACUGUAUCACCUGUCAUUCCCGCUACCUCUUAUGAGGCACCUGAAGAAACAGUUUUACCUGCCAUUACUCCUACUUCUGAACAAACACCUGAAGAUAGAACUACAUCUGUCAUUACCCCUACCUCUGAUGAGGCACGAGAAGAAACUGUAUCACCUGUCAUUCCCGCUACCUCUUAUGAGGCACCUGAAGAAACAGUUUCACCUGUCAUUCCUCCUGCUUCUGAAGAAACACCUGAAGAUAUAACUACAUCUUUCAUUCCCCCUACCUCUUAUGAGGCACCGAAAGAAACAGUUUCACCUGUCAUUCCCCCUACCUCUUAUGAGGCACCUGAAGAAACAGUUUCACCUGUCAUUCCUUCUACUUUUGAAGAAACACCUGAAGAUAUAACUACAUCUUUCAUUCCCCCUACCUCUUAUGAGGCACCUGAAGAAUUUGUUUCACCUGUCAUUCCUCCUUCCUCCGAAGAAACACCUGAAGACAGAACUACAUCUGUCAUUGCCCCAACCUCUUAUGAGACACCUGUUUCACCUGUGAUUCCUCAAGCCUUUGAUGAGGAACCCGAAGACACAGUUGUACCUGUUAUUUCUCCUACCUCUGAUGAGGUAGAGGUUGUCUAUCCCCAGGACGUCUCCCUGAGCAUGGACACUUAUAAAGAUGACAAUGUCAUGUCUCAACUGGCUGCUGAAAUGGAUAUGGUUAGCCUGGAGGAACCAGUGCCUGCUGUGUCUCCCCUGGGCACCACAAUACUGUCACCACCAUCCUCUCCCACCGGCCCGACAUUCAUGCCUGCCGAGCCUCCAAGCUCAGCUCCCCUACUGGGCUUGCAGGGUCCAGCUGAACCGUGGGCACAGAGCUCUUCACUGUACACCAGCACUGCGACCAUAGAGAAGCAGGAGCAGGAUGAAGAAAGUGAGGAUGAUGAUGAUGAUGAAAAAGAGCAGAAUGAUAUACAGAUGCCCUCUGCAGCAAAGAAUGUAAUGGGAGACUUUGGUCUGCUGGGCUCUACUGGUGUGGAUCACAUCAAAAGUGAGGCUCCUGUCUGCCCCUGGCAAGAAAGAGAAGAGGCAGUGGAAAAAGCUGAAGAAGAGAUUAAUGAAGACAACGAGGAAGAGGAAAAAGAGAAAGAGGGGGAGGAAGAUGAGGAAGAUGAUGAGGAGGAAGAGGAGGAUGAGGUGAGAGAGAUUGGCAUAAAGGAAACGGAGAAAGAAGACUACUUUAAAAAGGGGGUGGCAGACUUUGCCAGCUGUGAUUGGGGUAUGAUGCAAUCAGAUGACAUGUACAGCAGUAACAAACAUGACUCAGAAGUGACAUCUCCCUUCAAUGCUGAAGACAGCUGCAGCGCUAAAGAGACAGGUGACUUCAUCAUGAGCGAGACAGACAGGGAACAGCCAUUCACAGGGCCUCCUGGAAUUCAAUCUUUCGGUAGUGAAGAUGAAGAAGAUGAUGAGGAAGAUGAGCAUAUGAAGGAAGACAUGGAUUUAGGCUUAGAGCAUGAUGAUGAGUAUUACAAGAAACAGAAAGAGUUAGAGAAGGAGGACAAAGAUGUGGAAAUGGUCCACCGGCACAUAGCUGAAAGUGGACUUGGAGUUUGUGCAAAUGAUAGUAAUGAAGAUGAUGAUGAUGAUGAGCGUCAUCUAGAUUUUAAGAGCAUGGGUCACACUGCUGCAGCACCAUCUAUGCCUUUGACAACAGCAUGGAGUCACUCAAAUCCAUUCUCAGAUUCCUUGGCCCAGCCUGCCUCCAUCCUGUCUGAAUCAAGCCUGUCAUAUUCAAGAUUUCAAGAGCCAGAAACACUUAGCAAAUUCCAAGUCGACCCAGACACAACCCCCAAAUUCUCAGCUGAUCCAUAUACACCACCCAAAUCCCCAGUUGAGGCUUUUCUGGACAAGAGUCCACCCCUAAUUCAGGCAUCAGAACCUCAAUCUCAUAUACAAGAGGAUACUGGGAGCUCUGUCCCAGCAGAGUCGGGUAUCUUGGCUGCUCCUGCCAUUGGAAUGUCCCAGUCCAGCACUCUCAGUGGGACAGCCUUGGCUGCUCACAGUAGCAGUGAGACCAGCACACCUGAAGAGCUUCGGGAUUACGACAGCAGCUCAGGUGUAGAGUCCCGAUCAGACAAGCAGCAAACACCAGUCCCUGCCAUGCAGACAGACAUGGAGCAGGACCUUGGUAUUCACCUUGAGCGUUGUGAUGGGGAAGAGGAAGAGGCAGAAACUCUGCCAGCCGAUGAGGUACUGGGUGAUGCGGCAACAGCCCCAGCCUCCGUUCCAUCAUCACCCUCAACCUCCGGUGAUGAGGCCAGUGAUACAGAGGGUGAGAUGCAGAUCAAUGACCCUGAUGUCACGGUUGAUGACAACACCGCAGUCCCCCACAACCUCGCAGCCCUGGAAGAGGACGAGGAGGCUCCUGAACAGAUUGGAGAGGAAGAUGGCGAUACACCUCAGUCAGCCAACUCUGUGGCCUCCUAUGGUUUUGACUGCUCCGCAUCCAUCUCCAACGCCCACUCAAUGGCUGAGAGCUGUGGAAAGAGCCCAGGUAUCUUUAGCUUGGAAAAUGAAGAGCAGCUUCCAGAAGAGGCCAAGGAUCCCUCUUUCAUCAAGGAGCUCACCCUACCAGCAGCUAGCGCCUACAGUGAUGACUUGUUGGGCUGCCCAGUGGACUUGCUGCCUAUAAGUGAGCCCAAAGAGAGAGAUGCUGGGUUUGACGAGCACUACAUGCUGUGUAGUAAGACAGACCCGGGCUCUAUGGAGGAAAUGGAUCCCGAGUCCCCCAUGCACCUCUCACCCCAACAUGGGGACGAUACAGAUGGCCAGCCACCUUACUACUCUGCUAUAUGUGAUAAGACUGAUAACUUUCUGGCAGGUAACGUAUAAAGUCCCUCCUUCGGAAUGCACCUUGUCUACCCCAGACCCCAAGCUCCCACCCUGUGUCCUUCAUUUCUUCCAAAUGUGGGGUUAGCGAGUGGAGAAAUGAAUAGAAUUAAGUAAUAGAAAGGGGAAAGUGAAAGGGGAGCUGCCAGGUGAGGGAUUAUAGCUUUGUCUGAGCUGCUCUGUUUUUUAUUACCACGGUGAUGGUUAUGAUUGUAUGGCUUCAAUUUGUGUAUGUACAGUAGCUAUUCUCAUUUUCUAUUAGAAUGUACUUUUUAAAUAACACUGCGCUUCAUGGCACCCCUGAACCUGCAAUGUUAGACUAAGUUAAGAUAACGUCCUUUGAUGAAAGGACAAAAAUGCAAAAAAAAUAAACACUUGGUGGACUCCAACUACCUUUGUAUUUAUCCUACUGUUUUUACCAAUCAAUUGUCAAUUUUUUAUACUUUUGUUUUUGUUUCUUCUUGUUUUUAUUUGAUUUGUUGUUAAGAUCCCUGUCUUACCUUAAUGUUUCUACACACAUCAGUUUUCCUGCACUGUAAAAGUAGCUUUACUGUCUUUUAAAACUUAUUCCAGUGUCCAGCACUAACUGUUUUAGCAUUAAAUACAGGUUAGAUAAUCUUCAGAAGCUUUUCACUCUCAAAGUGUUUGACAUAGGGGGUGAAUGAGUGUUAGAUGGCAAGUCAUACUCCAAUUUUUGGUUGUGUUUUGUUAGUUUUUGGGCUACUGCUGCGCAUUGAAGGAUAACAUAGAUUCCCAUUGGCAUGUAACUUGAGUGCUUUAAAGUACUGGGCUCAGAUUGAUCUGGAUUCUUUCAUUUACAGUUGUUGGACUUGUGUACUUCAGAACGGACUACUAUUUCUGUUCAUGGAAAUUCAAGUGUUUUCUUGCAUUUGUAAAACUUAAAAUGAUGCUCGCAGGUCAGUCUACUGUGAGUAUUGGGACAUUUCAACAAGAAUUGGAACUGCAUAUGUGCAACUAAUUAAGAAAUUGUUAUAAUCUUGAUAUGAUUCCAGACAUCAUCCGGGGAUGUUUGGACAUUAAUGAUUCACAAUAUUCCAUUAAACAUCAUUGCAAGGCUGUC